AUGACCCAAAAGGCCUCUGUUAGUUUAAAUCUUAAAGAAAUCCUCCCUCACAGGUAUAAGACACUAAAAGUCUUAGGCAAAGGCAGCUAUGGAGUUGUUAUCGAGUGUUUGGAUCGGAAAUCAAGAGAAAACAUGGCCAUUAAGAUUGCCAGGCCAGGGAAGACCGUCCAACGUGAGGCGUCCAUACUGCAACUGCUAAUGGACAUCAGGCUGGACCGGGACAACAUUGUAAAGUUUUAUGGUCGCUCUUCUAGUGACCGGUACCUAGUUUUUGAAAUGCUGGAUAUCAACCUGUCUCAGUACUAUAAGGCACAUGGUCGUAUGCGUCUGCAGGACAUCAGACUGGUCAUUCAGCAGUUAGCUUCCGCAUUUGAUGCACUCAAGAUUGUGGGAGUAAUCCACGGUGAUGUAAAACUGGACAACAUCAUGCUGGUGGAUCGUGGAAAGCAGCCAUUCACGGUGAAGCUGAUAGACUUCAGUGUGGCGCUGAGUCGAGCCGAGGCCAAGAAGGUCAAAAUGAGACAGGUUGCUUAUUUCAGAGCUCCAGAAAUCAUUCUGAGACUCCGCUACUUUGAGGCCAUCGACAUCUGGUCGCUGGGUGUGGUCAUAGUGAAAAUGGUGCUUGGCAUUUUUCCCUUCAUGAGAAGCACAGACUACGACUUACUGGAAUGCAUGAUUGGUGUCCUCGGGCUGCCGCCAGACAAUAUUCUUAAAGCCGGAAAGACAACGAGGCAGUUUUUCAACAAGACAGAUUUGGGUCAGUGGAUUUUCAAGACACGUAAGGAAUACUCAGUGGAAUCAAACGACACCAUCAGUAGUAAGAUAUACUCCCUGGAAGAAAUGAGGAAGGUUGGUAGUUCCAAAAUCAGUAGCUUUGUCAAACUGAAUGCCAUCGAUUGUCCCUCAAUCCCUAAGCCUGACUCUCGUUGGAACCAGAUGUUUCCAGAGCGAGACAAUGAGGUCGAUGACUUUUUCAAGCUGCUGAACGCUAUGUUCAAGUGGGAUCAGAAAAAGAGAAUCACACCCAGCCGAAUCCUCCGCCACCCAUUCAUCAGAGGGAGUUACCUCUACAACAGCCCCAAACUCGGCUUGACUCAGGGACCAAAUCAGACCUCCAAAAGGACAUGUCGGAAGAAGAAGUGCACCAUGAAACACGUCCACAAAGGAUGCCGAUGCGCCGUUGGUUCUCCUCAUAAUAUCGUUGACAAACACCCCUUCAAGACAAAGAAGAUGCACUGUAUCAAACGUUUAUUCUGCUGGAUGAAGGACAAACUUUUGCUUGAAGAUGCAGUAGGUCACAUGGUGCCAAAUAUCCAAAGUCUGACUUCUUGA